GGAUAUUGCUCACUUAAUGCCUCACGAUCAUCCUCUUGAAAUAUUCAAAACUCUAACUUCCUCAUAUACGGUUCCAUUACCAACUGUUAGAAGAAGUUCCAUCUCGUCAGUUUCUUCAACACUUUCAAAUAUUUCUACUCAUGCGACAAUAAAAAAUCUGGGACUACAUGAUGAUAAAAAUAGUGUCACUUUCUAUUUGAAUAAAAAAACAAAGAGAAAUAGUCGAUCUAGCGAAAAGAAAUUGCGUAUCCGUGUUUUAAUAUACGCAGAUGAUUUACCCACUAAUUUGCGCUCCAAAGGACCAACAAUUCCAAGAACUUCUAUGUCUGUGCCAAAACAUCUUGCUGAAAAAGCUGCUCGGAGACGUUCAAGAGAAGAAGCAAAACCCAAAGAGAAAACUAUGGUCGUGCCAGGGAUUGCUACUGUUAGUAAUGUUAUAGAAAAAGCAAUGGAAAAGUUCGGAAUUCUUGAUGGUAUUGUUGAUGAUGGUGAACGAAUAUUAGAUGAUGAUGAAGGAAACCCUCGUUAUAGGCUUAUGGUUAUCGUUGAUGGUGAAGAAAAAUUAUUGGAUCCCGGAAUAAAUUUAGUUUCAGUAUAUCCUUCACCACCAAAUCUUUACCAUUUAUCAAUUGAAUCUUUUGAUUCAAGUUCAUCGCUAACAUUGGAUUAUCGUCCUGAUGAACCUAUAUUUGUUUUACGACUUUUACGACCUGAAGAUCGGCAACAACGCUCUAUGCCAUCAGCUUCUGAAAUAAAUCGUAUCACACGAGAAAUGAAACUAAAUUCUCCAACAACACAGGGUUCGAAUUCUAACAAAGAAAAUAAUGAAUUCCUAUCCAAGAAACAAUUAAUAGAGCAACAGCGUAAAUAUAGUCGAGCUAAACAAAAAUCGAUCAUUUCUGCACGAAAAAAUGCAGAAGGAGUGGACAUUCUCACAAGAAUUGGAUCUAUUAGAAGUUCUAGAAUAUUCGGAUCAAAAAUACGAUAUUCUUUUAUUCCAGCUGAAGGUGGAGAGAUUGAUAUUAGUGAUAUUAUUGAAGAUAUUUGGGGUGAUGAUGAAGUACUAGGUGUGAUAGCUGAUGAAUCAGAAUCUACCAAGGAACCAUCACCAAGUUCAUCUACAGAAGAUUCUAAUGAAAAUGGACUUUCUCCUGGUACACCUUCAUUCAUUAAUAAAAAGGAACAAUAUAGAAGAAGCACACAAAACGUGGAUAUUUUAGAAAAGAUGGUUAAUGAUAAUAAUUCUGAGUCAAUGGAAGAUAGAAUAGAACGUGUAUUAAAUAAGGUUAGGAAAGGUUAUUAUGGUACUGGUGCAAUUAAAAACCGUCAAAAUCAAACAAAUAAGCAUAAAAACGUAACAAAUUCUAACGAAUUUACUUCCAAGGAUAAAAAUGAACUUCAAUCAGUUAGGAACAAUGAAUCAAAAAGUGAAUCUGUAGAUUUAGUAUCUGAAUCUACUGAACAAAUUAGUGAUCUACCAUCAAGAACAAUAGUAACUAAAACAAAGAAAAGAUCACCUUCUGCAGCAUCAGCUAGUUCAGUGAAUUCCAUAAAUACGACGGAAUCUUCUACACCAACACGAAAAAGAAGACCGUCUUCUAUAUCAUCAUCAUCAACAGAAAAUGAUUGGAUAUUAACAGAUGAUUUUGGUUUACAAGAACUAUUAGUUUUAGUAAGAUCAGGUGUUAAUAUGUUAGAAUUAAAAGAAAGACGUAGGAGCGGGUGGCACUUGAACGAUGAUCCAGAAAAGAUUUUAGAACAAAUUAAACCCACAGAAAUUUUAGAUGAAAUUAAAGCUGUAUUUUCAAAUGUUAAUGAAGAACUCGAUAAAUUAGAACAGGAACUGGAUCAAAUAAUGGAUGAUGCUGUUAGAGCUUUUUAAUAAUUUAAAAAACGGCUAGCGGGCUAGUUUUUUUAUAUUAAUUGUUUUAACUUACAGUAGAUUAUUUAUUUAAAUGUUAGUUCUUAUAACAAUUUAUUUAACCACUACUUAAACGUGUAUUUUACCUAGUUUAGAAAUUGUAAUGAAAUAUAAUGAGAGAUGUACAGUAUAAAAAAAAUUUCCAUGU